AGACUCUUCUUUUCACACACACAGACACACCGUCCGAAAGCUCCCGAACCGCUGCGGUGCGGCUCCCCUCCCUCGUAAUUUUCCUUGGGAUAAACCUCGCUUCCCCCGCUUCUUCACUUCGCUCUCUCGCUUGCUUUGCGGUGGCCUCGACGCACGCUCUCGCCGCCUGCCAAUCCGAAGCCCUAAAGUUGUGUCCUUGGCACCAGGCAGUGGGAUUGAUUCAUCGAAUGCUAAGUUUGCCAUCGUUGCAGUGAAUUCAUCUGUGUUGUACGUGAUGGAAGAUCCCGCAUUGAGUAGAUCCAUCAGUGAUGGGAAAAGAGACAUUUGAUUCUUUUGGUUGGGUGCUGCAUAUCUUAUUUCAACUGAUAAGCAACCUAUUGGUCACAUAUCAUGGUUCUAUAAGCAAGAUUUGCAUAUAAAAUACAUGGCUUCGAAGACUAUAUCAAAAAGCAGCUUCGAGCAACAACCUGAAGCAUCUGGGAGUCACAAAAUAGAACCAAAUUCCUGUAAACCUUCACAGACUUUGCAACCAAUCAAGUCCGAUUCUAAUGCAGCCAACAUACAAGUAACUAUAAACCAGACCAUGUCAAAGCAUGCUUUGAAUGACAUCAAAGAAGAUAAAGGAUCGAUUCAUCAUCCUGGAAAGGCCAUCUUUUCUUCUGAAACAAAUGAUACAGUUCCCUCAGAUGGUCAGAAACAACCAAUGCAACAAGGAGUUUCCACAGAACUAAAUGGUGUGGAUGUUAGUGGAGAUAAAGAUAAGAACUCUGAACAGAGUGGAAAUGAUAGCUUCGUAAGCUUCGUGUCUGCUAAAGUUAGUGAUGCAACCAGCAGUAUGACAGCUGAUUUUGUUGAGAGCACAAAAAGUAGUUUGUGUAGGCCUAGUACUAACAGUGAUGUCAGUGACGAGAGCUCAUGUAGCAGUUUAAGUAGCAGCUUAAACAAGCCUCACAAAGCAAAUGAUUCAAGAUGGGAAGCCAUUCAAAUGAUCCGCUCGAGAGAUCGAGCUCUCGGCUUGAGCCAUUUUAGGCUGUUAAAAAAGUUAGGAUGUGGUGAUAUUGGCAGUGUGUAUCUAUCAGAGUUGAGUGGGACGAAAUGUUAUUUUGCGAUGAAGGUCAUGGAUAAGGGAGCACUAGCUAGUCGUAAGAAGCUUCUUAGAUCUCAGACAGAGAGGGAGAUACUACAAUCUCUGGAUCAUCCAUUUCUUCCAACACUUUAUGCCCACUUUGAAACUGAUAAAUUCUCAUGUUUGGUGAUGGAGUUCUGCCCAGGUGGAGACUUGCAUACCCUUCGUCAGAGGCAACCCAGGAAACAUUUCUCAGAGCAAGCGGUGAAGUUCUAUGUAGCAGAGAUCCUCCUGGCAUUAGAGUACCUACACAUGCUUGGAAUCAUAUACCGUGACCUCAAGCCCGAAAAUGUUCUUGUUCGGAAUGAUGGCCACAUCAUGCUUUCUGAUUUCGAUCUCUCGCUUCGCUGUGCAGUAAGCCCAACAUUGAUCAAUUCAGAUUCUGAAUCAUCCAGGAGGAACAAUUCAGCAUACUGUGUGCAGCCUGCUUGCGUCGAGCCAUCCUGUAUCCAUCCUUCUUGUGUUGCCCCUACAACAUGCUUUGGUCCACGACUUUUCUCCAAAUCCAAGUCCAAGGACAGGAAGCUGAAAUCAGAGACCGGGAACCAGGUUAGCCCAUUGCCAGAGCUCAUAGUAGAGCCCACAGAUGCUCGGUCGAUGUCUUUUGUUGGUACACAUGAGUACUUGGCACCGGAGAUCAUCAAGGGUGAGGGACAUGGGAGUGCCGUUGACUGGUGGACCUUUGGUAUCUUCAUGUAUGAGCUUUUGUUUGGGAAGACCCCAUUCAAGGGAUCAGGUAACAGGGCCACACUGUUCAAUGUCGUCGGGCAGCCAUUGCACUUCCCAGAGUCCCCAACAGUGAGCUUCGCUGCCAGAGAUCUGAUAAGGGGACUGCUUGUGAAGGAGCCUCAGCAACGGCUUGCAUACAAGCGUGGGGCUUCAGAGAUAAAACAGCAUCCAUUUUUUGAGGGAGUUAACUGGGCACUGAUACGUUGUGCAAGUCCACCGGAGAUCCCAAAAUCCGUCGACAUUGAACGGCUGCCAAAGCCUGCAGCAUUGACAAAUGAAAAAGUUGCAGCUACCAAAGAUCAGAAAGGUUCCAACAACUAUUUGGAAUUUGAUUUCUUCUAGUGAUUUAUCUUCACCAGAGUAGUCUGUCGCAAUGGUAGAAUCUUUGGAGUUACCAGAAGUCUCAGAAAUGGUCAAAUUUCUGCUAAGCUGAAUGCUGCAUCGGUGCAUCCAUUGUUUCCAAAUGUCCUAUCAGUUCCACAAUUUGUAUUACUCAAAUGGAUUCUGGACUAUCAUAUCUUUUAUGUUUAUCAAGGGAAGAUCCUUUCUUUGUCAUCUUAAAUUCCA